GCCGUCCGACAAACGCGUGUUUCGCAAUGCCUUUCCGUCGUUUUCGUCCGAUUGGCCGUCCCGUCACGUACAACGUCGCUACAACGCCGUCGUAAAGCAAAAUCAUUAUAUCAUCCGUCGUCGCGAUACUUACUUACCAUUGCCGGCAGAUCACAAAUCACAACGCAAAAGGGAAGGCAUUUUUUUUUUUUUUUUAAUCAGUAUACACACAUAAACACCCGCGACGGCCGUGACUUUUGAACUUGAGUUUUUUACUCCGAUUUUGCGAUGUAUUUCUGAUCGACGGGACGCAACUAUAUACAUACGGCGGCGAGCUCACAUGAAAUAAUAUAGACGACUGUCAUUUUUACUGACGGUAAUAAAAAAAAUGUCCAGUCGUCAUGAGUCGUUCACUGCAGAAUAUUGUACGGGUGAAACAGUCACACUGUACAGUCAACAACACCACACGAGAAUACAUCUACAAACUCACGCCCACGCAAACAAUCACAUUCCAUUAAAUCAAAAAGGAGAACCAAUUAAAUUGCCAGAUAACUUGGAGAGUUUGCCACGUGCUGAGCAUUUUCCUGUUCAAAGACAUCGCUGGAACACUAACGAGGAAAUAGCAGCAAUAUUAAUCAAUUUUGAAAGACACAGUGAAUGGCAGUCAAAAGAAGUAAAAAUAAGGCCCAAAAGUGGUUCAAUGUUAUUAUACAGCAGGAAGAAAGUGCGGUACAGACGUGAUGGAUAUUGUUGGAAAAAAAGAAAAGACGGCAAGACUACUCGCGAAGACCAUAUGAAGCUGAAAGUCCAAGGAACUGAGUGCAUUUAUGGGUGCUAUGUACAUUCAGCGAUACUUCCGACAUUUCACAGAAGAUGUUAUUGGUUAUUACAAAAUCCUGAUAUGGUAUUGGUGCACUAUUUGAAUGUACCGUAUCCGGACGACAACAAAUUGUCGGUGAUUUCGCCGAGCCUCGCACUGUGGGCUGAUCGUAAAGAGUGGACGAAAGAUGAAUUACUAUCUCAGUUGAAACCCAUGUUUUAUGAGGAAGACCCUGACCUUAACAACGAAAUGGAAGUAUCGACGGCCGAGUGCGUAGCCGCCAUGGUCACACAGCUGAUGGAGUGGCAGAAGAACGCCAGGGCGACGCUACUUAGCCGAACGCUUGAAUGCGGAUGUCCGGACUCGACGUGUGCGGAUGGACAAUCGUGCUCGCGCCCGAUCAGACGGAUUUCGCCGUCGGAUAGCAAUCAGGUGUCAUCGACGACUGGUAAUCGAUCGCGUCCCGGUACAAUGUUACUCACCAACCAUCACGUUAACUCGUCCAGGACCACGAUGAACACAUUACUGAUCGCUAAUCACGCCAAUCAUAAGCAGGCACAAAGUGGGCCAACCUCCUUGAACACUACAAUGAACAACAACUUGUUGUCGAAUUCCACAAGGGAUUUUCGCAAUCAACCACAACAGCAGCAACCACAACAACAACAAAUAAUUCUCAAGCACGAUUGCAGAGAUAACAAUCAAAUAUUAAGCAACAGACAACCGCCAAUCAACGUGACGGACAAUAAUCAUAUACCUACUACAAUGAUUUCAUAUAAACCACAAGGUUCAGAUGAUGUAAUUCACGUAUAUACCGAAAAACAAACGUAUCAUACUUCACAGAAUCAAGACGAGCACGCUGUACAUCUGUUUCACGGACAAGAUCACCUAAAACAACAGUCGGAUCACGUGAAAUCGGAAUUCUAUGAUGUCACGUUAGAUUUGUCUCACGACGAUAUACAACAGACGCUUUCAGCCAACAUGCCCGCUUCGUGUGCCAAUGCUGAUCAAUUGUUACGAUUGGAUGACGACCAUAGUAAUAAAAAUCUAGACGGUACCGGAGACGAUGUAUUUGUAAGUCUCGAUGCGUUUGAUAUGCUUACUGACUUCCAAGAACUUGAUAUCCUAGAACAUGCUACGCAACAUGCUUCAAAUCUGGUUACAGAAAUAGGUACAAAUGCAACGGAUAUGCAGCCACACGAGCAAACUCCAUUAGACAAUAUGGACGUACUACAAAUAACUGAUUACUGUCCAGAAUGGGCAUUUCCAGAGGGAGGUGUUAAGGUAUUAAUUACAGGUCCUUGGUUUUCUUCCUCGUCGUACACUGUUAUGUUUGAUACGAUCACAGUUCCGAGCACUUUGAUUCAAGGAGGUGUUUUACGAUGCUAUUGUCCAGCUCAUGAUAUAGGCACCGUCACAUUGCAAGUAGUCAUUGAUGGCAGGCCAGUAUCAACCACCGCCAUAUUUGAAUACCGUCAACACGAAUUCCCGCUAACCAUAUCCUCAUUAUCUAUGUCACAUACGCCUUCUCUACUCAAGUUUCAUUUACUACAAAAACUCGACUCUAUCGAAGAUUACUUACAGUCAAAUAAUCAACUAACAGAUCAACCAUUGAAGGAUAGUAUCGUUAUGUUUAGCAAACCCAACUUUGAAGAUCAGCUUGUAAAUUACUGUGAAAAAAUGAAACAGUUCUCGUGGAAAUCUGAAUCUGAAUACAACGUUAAGCAAUUAGAAACUGAAACCACUAUUUUACAUAUGGCAGCAUUUUUGGGAUAUUCUAAACUUGUGUGCAUACUACUUCAAUGGAAAUUAGAAAAUGUAUCACUGUUUUUGGAAAUGGAAGUCAAUGUUUCAAAGCAAGAUCGUGAAGGAUAUACGCCUCUGAUGUGGGCUUGUAAAAAAGGACACAAAGAUACAGCGGUGUUACUGUGUCAGUGGUAUCAAACUGUUCAAAAUUCGAAUAAUAAUUUUAAUCAAGAUUACUCUCAACCCGAUAUAUUAGAAUCCGUUCAUCAGUAUUUUAACGAUUUCAAUCAAAAUCAGUAUUGCAACAGUGAAAUUUUAAGUAACGAUGUAUUUUUAAGGCCUGAUGCAAUCAAUAGUGACAAAAACUUGAAAGAAAUCAAUCAAACAGCCAACGAAUCAAAUAAUCUAAUAGCGCCGCCAAAUAAAUCUGUUGCCAUGUUAUGUGCAAAAGGAGAAACCAACAAAUCGGAUAAAAAUGAAAUAAAACCACAAGAAACUCAAGGUUCAAAAAGACCAUUACCUAAUAGUUUUUUUCAGGCAGAUGACUAUUAUGAUCAAUUCUGUAAACCAUCGCUCUACUUCCCAUCUAUUCAAAAAUUUCAAAAGAGUUUGUUUCUUCCACUACAAUCCCCUACAUCGGAUAGCGGAAAUUCGUCGGAAAAAUCACCAGUAUUAUCAAAGUCUGAUUUUAUUAUUUGCAUGGUAACCGCGCUGGCCGAUGGACCGGCGGACGGAGCCGUGGGUAGUGAGAACGAUGGCAAUGGUAACACGCGAUCCGAUGAACGUCAGAACGAUGAACGAAUCGAAGACGCUGUUCAAACACCCAAAGAUCCCGCUGAACACGGGGAGCAUGAUGUCCGUGUCUUGACAUUAGCUGAACAAUUCAUAGCAGCUAUGCCUGAACAUAUUAAGAAUGAAAACGGAUCACAUGGUAAAAUUGUAGAAUCAUCAAUUAUUACAAUGGAAGUGCUUGACGAUCCUCCGUCAUCUGUGUCGUCGUGUUGUUUUGAUACCAGCUCAGAAAUUAAUACAGAAUUCAACGAACACGUUUAUCAUUAUCGGCAAAAAGAUCGAGAAAUAGAAACACCCACGUCCAGUACCAGCUUAACCUUAAGUCCAGUGUCGAGUGCAUCACAAUGUUCACCUGCUUCACCGCCGCCGACUGCUGCAGAUCUAUGUGAAUUUCUCCAUGCUUCAUCAAAUAACCAAUACUUUGAAAAGAAUUUUUCAAACCUUACACUGUCCGAUUAUGAACAACGCGAGUUAUAUGAAGCAGCCAAAACUAUUCAAAAGGCGUACAGGACGUACAAAAAAAGAGAAGAAGACAAAGAAAUUUCAGCUGCUUCGAUUAUUCAAAACUAUUAUCGCCGUUACAAACAGUAUGCAUAUUACAAGCAGAUGACAAAAGCUGCGAUUCUAAUUCAAAAUAAGUAUCGUGUAUACAGAAGACAUAAGCGGUUUAAAAAAGAAGUUCCUCAUUACAUUAAUAACACGUUCACUGUCAUUAAAAAAAAUCAAAAUCAAAAACGCCAAAAUCAAGCAGCUCGGAAAAUUCAACAAUUUAUGAGACAGUCCAAGAAUGGUACGUCUCCUCCUGCCACAAUCAAUGAACGAACUUUUGGAUCUCGUAAGCGGGAAGCUAACGGCAAUCACAAUAUGAAAUAUCCACCGACAAAAGUGGCACAGUACUCGACACUCAACCACCAUUGAUGUCUGACGUUUCAUCGCCGUUUAUAUAUUAUUAUGAUAUGUUAUUGUAAAAUAUUAUGAUUAACCGCGUGUAGAGUCUUAGGCUUUAAUAUAUUAUGUAGUAGUUUCUUAUUGCCAGCGUUUAAAUAUUGUUUAGUACCGACGUUUAUAGUUUUCUUCCGGACAGUAUUAUUAUAAAGACGUCGUGUGACGAGGGACUCGCCGGCAUGUUUAAAACAAAACACGUACCUAUUUAUUCACUGUUAUAUUAUGAGGUAUAGAGAGGCACUUCAAAGUUAUUAAAAUUGUACAUUAUUAAUAAUAGGUAUGUUAAAGACGUCCACGGUCGUUCGUCUUGGUCGUUCCACCCCCCCCCCCCCGUAAUCCACGUACCAAGGUACCGCAAUCGCAUUGGUUGGUACCUAUAUACGAUAUUAUAAUACUAUAUAUAAUAUGCACAUAAUAUUCUGUUUGCGUACACCGCCUCAUUCGAUGUACUUCAUUUUACCGUUUUUAUAUUAUUAUAUUGAUGAUUGUCUAUUAUUAUUAUUAUCAACCCGAUUUUAUUUUAAGUGUUUGACAUUUACGUCAUCAUAUAAUAUUGUAAUAUUUUAUAUUAUUAUGUAGUUAUUUUUGUACACAUACACAUACACACACAAUGAUAUUUUAUGAACAUUUGACGAACUCACGAAGGAUAAAAAAAUAUAGAUGUUUUACCGGGGGAAUAGACGAUUAUAUUGUUAAAUUAUAUUAUUAAUAUACCAUAAUAAUAUUAUAUUAUGUAUUAUACAAAUUUACGUACAUUUGUCCAUAAUAUUGUCAAUCAUUAUCAUGUAUACGAAAAUACAGGCUCAAAUAUACGUCUAACGGUAGCGAAUAAGCGUACAGGAACAGUACACAUUAUUUAGAAUUUUUACAACGAUAUUAUGUGUAGUCCGAAAACUUUUUGGGUAGAUAUAGCGACGGAAUUGUUUGUAAACCAAUAAUGACGAAGUCAUAGGUUCGGGACCACAUGGUGCACGCACAGAUUUGGCUUUUUAAAUUAAAAUUUUAAAAAUCGUCACGCUUCAGAGUGUUCGUCUUUUGUGAAAAUACAAAUAUUACAUUUCAUGCAACGGCAACAACAACAAAGUUCAAAUAGGUAGAUUUUAGUUUUUAUUCGGAUAUCAUAGCGCCACACGUGUAUACAAUAUAAUAUACAUACCCGCGUGCGACUUAUAGUGAUCAACAAAUCGUUUUUAUCAUUCAUAAUAUUACUCGACUACCCAUACGGUGUUAAUAUGCGACUACGUCGUGUGUACUGUUUUCGUUUACGGCCGAUCAUAUUAUAUUAUUAGCGUGUUUAUUACGAUAUAUUAAAAUACAAUAAUAUGAUAUGAUGCAAUGUUAUAACUUGCUAAACAUUUAUUUUUCUUUAAAUUUGUACAACACGUUCCAGUUUCGUUUAUUUACCCAAAACAACAGUUCAUCUAUUAUAGAACAAUUUUUUGUGCAGAUAGGCAAAUAUCGUUAGAGAAAAUCGCGCCGAAAUUAAAUGUCACUAUCAGAUCAUAAAAUAUAAUCACAGACAGAAAACGGACCGUCUUAUUAGAUCUUAGGUAUUAGCAUAUUAUACUAUUGCAGCCGAGUACAAAAUCGUAAAUACUCCAAACACGAUGUCUAUUGAAUGCCGUUCAUAACCACUGUAAUAAUAUUAUACUUACAAUAUUUUCGUCACGAUAUACCGUUGACAUUUUUUUCGUGCAAACGCACUAAUAAUAUUGUUCUUAGUAGUGUCACUGAAUUUUGUUCACGAGACUUCAGCACGAAACCAAACGGAAUAUUGAUGUCGUACGUGUGAAAUGACACCAUAAGUUUAAUAUCACUACAUUCACGUUAGAUGACGAGUACAUUUUUAGUCAUUUUUAUUUCAGUGUUAUUGUUUUUAUUAAAAUACCGGCAAUUAUAAAUUAACCGGUAGAUAAUUGUUUGAUUUUCAAUUACUGAACAUUAUAAAUGAAAACCAAACACUAUACCUUUAGGUAUUCUAAAAAAUAUAAAAAUACAACACGGUUGGGAACGCAAACACAAACGACGUUAAGUGUCAAUGAAUAAAUAAUUAUUUCAAAAUGUUGUCGAAUUUAUAAUUUAAUAUUAUAUGAAAACAAUUGAGAUUAUCUCAAAUUUUUAAAAUGAACUAAUACAAUACAUGCGAUUUAAAUAUUGUAUACCAAAAUUAGAAUUCAAAAUGAUGUAUAGUAUACAAUUGUAUCUAAUAAAUGGAAGAAUAAUAAAGUUAAAAAACGAAAUUUUGAUUAAUAUAAACUUAAUGAAGUUAAUAAUAAAAUAAAAAAUAUUUAGAAACUUGAAAAUAUUGUUGAAAAUAUAAAUUGAUUUUACUAAAUUCUAAAUGCUGUCAAAAAGCCAACAAUAAAUAUACAAUAUUUAGUGCUCACAUUAUUUAGUAUCUUAUUGACCGGAUAAUGUAUAUAAGCUUCAUAAUUAGUAUUCAUAUAUAGUGUCAGUAAACUAAUUCGUUUAAAAAUAUCUAAUAAAAUUUACCAAAGAUAUUUUGGUCAUCGCCCUCGCUAGAGUUUCUCGUAAAACCAUAAUUACCACGUUACAUAAACGAUUAAGGUUCGUAUUAUAAUUGCUACGGAAGCUUAAGUUAGUGAACAUUUUUUAAAAAUUCAAAAGAUUCACCUUUCUUGUAAAUCAUUUAAUAUACAACUAAACAAUAUGUCAAUGUUUCAUAAAAUAAAAAUAAUUGUUUGUGCUCCAAUCGGGUUGUCGACAAGGUCACCAACAAAAAAACGAUAGUUCUCCACCUGGUAGUAUCAUCGCAAUAGUACAUACAGCGGUCACUAACGACUGAAACGUAUAAUGUAUUGACAAUUCCGGGGUUUUUAUAUUGAUUUCAUUGUCAACACAUGUGGAUAAACGACCUAGAGUAACUGUUAGGUAGGUACUGUGUCUAAAUUUUUUUUUUUCGUAAAAUUAUUUAACUUAUUAACAUAGGAAAGUGUAAUUAGUCUUCCUCUUUUUUCUAACUAAUCAUUGAAUCUUCUAUCCGUAUUAUUUUUCUUACUACUAUACUAUAAACCACAUUGAUUCGAAUUUAAAAAUAAUUAUAUUUUUUCGAAGCACUUACCUACAUUAUA